AUGGACAUGGUCAAGGCGGUUGAGCAGCCGAGCCGGAAAAGGAACACCAGGUCGUCCAAGCAAGCUCCGAGCCAUGUUGAGUCAGCAAUGGGAGGGUUGGGUGCUUUCGACAUCGACGACAUGAUCUUGUGGCAUCAAUUUAUCACAUCCACCGCUUUGACAUUUUCUAGACCCUGGAAAUCCGAGAUACCUGUCCUCGCUGGCUCACACGACUUCCUAAUGCACGGAAUAUUGGCCACUGCAGCCAUGCACAUGGCAUACCUCCAUCCUGAACAAUAUUCCCAAUACUUCUACAAGGCAGCAAGCCACCAGUAUCUUGCUGUCGGCCCAUUCCGGGCAUCAAUGUUGGCUGUAGGGCCGGACAAUUGCAAUGCCGUUUUCGCCUUCUCGACUUUGCUGGUCAUCUUGAGCCUCAAUUCUCAAAAUUGUGAAGCUACAGUGCUAUCUAGUACCAUUAAUCAAGCCUGCAGAGAUCUCGUUACCUGGAUCAUUUUCCUCAGAGGUUGCGGAUCCUUGUUUCUAUCCCUAAAACACUAUAUCGAGCUCGGUCCACUGUCGCCGUUGGCAAGUUUCUGCUUGCCGACAGAAGUAGCCAUACGAAGCGACGAUGAUCGAGCGUUUUGUCGGCUGUCUGAAGAUCUCUUGACAGAUGUGUUGGUUCUUCAAGCAAGCUCGAAGGAGGAACUAGAAGCCUACCGGCGAUCUAUCUACCAACUUCGACUCACAGCUGCAGCACCGUGGAGUGGGGAUUCGUUGACAAAUCUCAAAACAAUCAUGUUGGCAUGGCCUAAUAGAAUACCAGACCUAUUCAUUCGACUCUUUGAUGAGCACCGUCCCCCAGCAAUGAUCAUAAUGGCUUAUUUUUGCACCCUCAUGAAGAGAUUUGAUGGGUACUGGUAUAUGGAAGGCCGUGCUGAUGCAGUGCUUAACGCACUGCGGCUUGAACUGGCACCUGAGUGGCACAAGUAUCUUGGAUAUCUGUUGACGAGGGCGAAACAUGAUAGCAGAAGGCUGGAAAACUUUGGAGAUGACUACCGAAAU